GUAAGUUUAGGCUAGUGACCUAUAUAAUUAUACAAAAACAAUGUUACUUCGUAACAAGGAUUAUUAUAGAGAGAUCAUUGUUCGUAAACGGUAAACAUGAUCGAUACUAAAUUUGAGAAAAAAUAACAAAAUGACAGAUUCAUCAGAAAAGACUCCUUUAAUUAACUCUGAUAGAGUUCUUCAAGAUGCUGAAGAAAAAGAAAAAUCAAUUGAUACUAACAAAGAAGAAUUUUCAUUUUCCAGAAUCACACGUCGAGAAAAAUUGCUGCUUUUAUCUAUGGGACUUAUGAACUUUUUUGCGUGCACAUGUUUUUCACUUUUAGCACCAUUUUUCCCUGCUGAGGCUGCAAGGAAAGGAGUAUCAACAACAGUAACAGGAUUCAUAUUUGGUGUGUUUGAAUUUGUUAUUUUUAUAUCAUCACCAAUAUUUGGUAAUUAUAUCACAAGAAUAGGCUCAAAGUUUAUGUUUUCAUGUGGUACAUUUGUAACUGGAACAUGUGCAAUUCUUUUUGGAGUUUUAGAUAGAUGUCCUGAUGGGAUAGUUUACAUUGUGAUGUGCUUUUGCUGUCGUGUAGUGGAAGCCUUAGGGUGUUCUGCAUAUGUUACAGCUUUGUUUGCCAUAACAGCCAGUGUGUUCCCUGAUAAUGUAUCCACUGUUUUUGGAGCAUUAGAAACAUUUAGUGGAAUAGGUAUGAUGGUAGGUCCAGCAAUAGGUGGAGCUUUAUAUACAGCUGGUGGCUUUGGUUUACCAUUUUUUGUUAUGGGUUCCGUAGUUAUACUGUAUGGAAUGUUUUGUCUCUAUCUCAUGCCUGAAGUUAAAGAUCAUCAUAGCAAGUUAUCAAAACCUUUCUAUUACCUCCUGAAGAGUCCAUUAGCUUUAGUAUCUGGAUUCUCCAUUCUUGUAGGAGCAUUUUCACUAGGAUUUAUGGAUCCUACAUUAGCUCAACAUUUGUCAAAGUUAGAUUUAAAUACAUGGCAGAUAGGAUUGAUGUUUUUAAUUGCUCCAGGAAUUUAUGCUUUCACAGCGCCAUUAUGGGGCUGGAUUACUGAUAGUAAGGGUUAUGUAAAGACAAUGAUAUUCAUAGGAAAUCUUUUAAGUGUUUUAGCUUUCCUGAUGUUAGGCCCAACAUCUUUAAUACCUUUCUUUCCAUUUAAUAUAUGGUUUAUGAUCAUAUCAUUGAUUAUACUUGGUUUAAUGGUAGGAUGUGCCCUUAUUCCAACAUUCAAGGGUGUUCUACAAGGUGCUUUACAAAUUGGAAUGCCAGAAAACAUGGACACCCAUGGUAUAGUUUCGGGAUACUUUAAUUCUUUGUUUUCAUUAGGGGCAUGUUUAGGACCAACUGUAGGUGGUGCUUUUGUUGAUAAAUUUGGAUUCAACUGGGGAUCCACAGGGGUGGCUUGUUUGUUUUUAUUGGCUGCUUUUCUAACUUUCCUUUAUGGACUUCCAUCAUCAAUGUCUAGUAAAUCCCUUACAUACACGGUCUCACAAACUGAUUAUCUCAAGAUUGAAGGAGAAAACAGCUCUGUAGAGAUUAUGACCAAUGGAGAAGCACAGAAUACUGUAUGAUCUGUACAAUUAAUUCAUGUACAUGUGAUAGCUAAAAGUAGCAUAUUGUCUGUGAUAUGGGUUGAUGUCGAAAAAUUGUGAUAGAAUUCAAUCAUAGAAGAUUAUAUACAUGGAGUCAGUAUUGGUAAUUAAGAGAGCUUCAUUUUCUGAGCUCAUGCACUGGUAUAGCUACCUCAAUAAAUUUUUUUUUUAAAGAUUUCUUCUCUCUAUUUGAUGAAAUCCAAUAACAGCAAUCAACAUAGUUAUCAGCAAGUGUGAGUACAGUUCUAUAAUCUAAUAUUCUGAAGAUAAGAUGGGAAGCCAUUCAGCCAAGUUGUUAAAAAUAAAUUGUUAGAAGAAUAGAAUGCAAGGCCUAAUAAUCUAAAGGUCUGAUAAACAGUUCAAAGACUUGAUAGUCUUCAGGCCACAGAUGGACCAAUCAGAGUUGAUGUGAAGCUUAGUAGUCAAAUAUUUAAACAGUUUAAAGCAAUAUAGAAGUUAUGUUUUUAUUGUUUUGUAGUAAUAUAUUUAAUGUAUUUUUUAUCAAUUAGACAUAAAACUGCAAUGGUCAAAAGUUCUUUUCAUAAAUUGUUGGAUUGAUUUUGAAAGAAAUUAAAUUGUUUUAAAUAUUAAAAGAAAAUAUGAUGGAAUAAGUUAAAUAUGAGGGCUGAACACAUAUACUUCUAUAGUUUCUAAAUACCUGAUGAAAUUACUUGUACUUAUACUUACUGUUACAUAGUAUAGUAAGUAACCUUUUGGACAACAUUUUGUCAUCUAACUGUGGAUUCAUUAAUAUUUGUUGGAUAUCAAUUUUUGUCGAUUUUCGUGGGUACAGGGGAACCACAAAUUUAAAUGUUCAAAGAAUUACAAAUUUUCUUAAGAAUGUAUGCACACUCUUCCAAAACCAUGAAAUGUCAUAUCCACGAAAAUGAAAGUGAUCAUAAAUCCAUAAAUUGGUACCAAUGAAAAUAAAUAAGAAAAUUCUUUAUAAUCUAUUAGUUGUGCAAUACUCUUUUUGUAGUUUAAUCUACUUAACUUAACACGUUUAUAAUCAUAAUUACUGAGAGAUGACAAAUAUUUAUUUGUGUUUAGUUUCAACUGUUCUUAAAUGUACAUUCUGAUAUUAGUAAAAAGUCUUUAAAAUAUUUUUCUUUUACAUACCUCAGCUGAAUUUCCCAUCCUUUCAAUAAUACUCUAACAGAUGUGUGUCCUCUAGACAUUCUUUUUGUACUAUAUAUAUGUACAUGUUCUUUUGUGAUAAAACUUCCUUGUGUCAUGAUUUUCUAUUAUAUUAGCAUUGCUCAAACUCUACGCAAACAGACUUUUGUGUUUAAAAGCUUUGUCAGUGAUAGUGUUAGCACAUGCAUUAACUAAUUUUUUUCUUCAAUAGUGACUGUAGGCUUAUUCUGCUCAUUAUUGGAAUUUUUGAAUUCAACAAUAACAUAAAUGGGCCAUUUUACAAUUUUUACGAUAGUAGAGGGGCAUUAUGUUUUCUGGCCUGUGCCUCCGUUCGUCCGUACGUGUGUCCGUUCGUCCUGCUAAGGUUAAAGUUUUUAGUCGAGGUAGUUUUUGAUGAAGUUGAAGUUCAAUCAACUUGAAACUUACUACGCAUGUUCCCCAUGAUAUGAUCUUUCUAAUUUUAAUGCCAAAUUAUAGUUUUGACCCCAAUUUCAUGGUCCACUGAACAUACAUAGAAAAUGAUAGUGCGAAGCUCAGGUUUAAGUUUUUGGUCAAGGUAGUUUUUGAUGAAGUUAAAGUCCAAUCAACUCGAAACUAAGUAUACAUGUUCCCUAUGAUAUGAUCUUUCUAAAUUUAAUUCCAAAUUAAAGUAUUGACCCCAAUUUCACGGUCCACUGAACAUGGAAAGUUAUAGUGCGAGUGGGGCAUCCGUGUACUAUGGACACAUUUUUGUUUUUUAUGAUAAGCAAAAAUUUAAUGUUGUUUUGUAUCAUUCAAAAAGUGCUAUAAGUCAAGAUUUAUUGAUCUCGUGCCAAUUGUUGUUUGUGUAUUUUUCUAACUGUAUUUCUUUAUGAAAUUUUGUAAAUCAACUCAGCCAUAUCUAUGCAAUGUUAUAAUUUUAUAGUAAUGUAACAUAUAAAUAUGACUUAGAUGGAGUGAAUAGUUAAAAUUUUAAGAAAUUGUCCACAUCUUUUAAUUAUGGGCAUUAUGUUUUUUGGUUUGUGUCCAUUUGUUCGUUUCUUUGUCUGUUCCGGUUUCAUCUGUCCCUGUUCAGGUUAAAAUUUUUAGGUUAAUGUUUUUGGUCAAGGUAGUUUUGGAUGAAGUUGGAAGUCCAACCAACUUGAAACUGAGCACACAUGUUCCUUAUGAUAUGAUAUUUCUAAUUUUAAUGUUGAAUAAGAGUUUUGAUCACAAUUUCUGAACAUAAAAAAUGAUUGUGUGAGUUGGGCAUCUAUUUACUAUGGACAAAUUCUUGUUAUUCAUACUUAAUGUAGCCAUGGAUAUACUCAAAACUGUAGUUAAUUGCAUAGUACACAAUUUUGAAGAAGUUUUAUUGAAUAAUUCAAUAUAUAUAUAUAUUUUUUAUUUACAAUUUUGCUGAGAAAUAAAAGAUGCAGUUUGCGUUUGGAGAUAAAAAAAAAUAAUAAUAACUACAUUAUUAUAUUUGAUUUUAAAAUUCUGGCUUACUAAAUGCCCUCCCUCAACAUUUUGACAGAAAACUUGAAGCUGUGCAUUUUAUUCUCCAACUAAACCAAAUGACUUUUGUUAGAAUUAUUAUGAUUUGUACUACCAAUUUUAUGCUAUACAGCAAGAUUGUAAGUGCCUUGGCAUUUUUUUUGCAACUUGUUAAAAAUGAAAAAUAAAGUUUAACCUUUGUAUUUUAUAUCUUUCAAUAUGCUUAGGUGAUAUAUUUUGUGUAUUCAGCUAUAUGCCAUAUUACCAUCUAUGAGAGGUUACACUUAAGGGAUAUAAUAUAUGAUUGUUAUAUUGAGGAAUAUUGAUUAUUCCAGUUAUUUUUUUGUUGUUAUUUUUUUAUAUACAGUUUUGCUUUUUUGUAUUUUGUAAAUUCAUGUAUUUUUAUUGAAAGAAAAUAUGCCA